AUGGGGCGUGUUGAGUUAUUGGCUUACCGUCCAGUAGAGAGCAGGCAAAUGGUCGUAGGGCAGGUAUUACUGGGGACGGCCGCGAUGCGCGCAGCAAUCAAUUGGCGAACCAGAAGUCCCUGGCAAGACGAGCAACGAUCACUGGUUGUUGCGAGAAAGUCCCCCAACACCAAUGAGAUCGGACGGAGAUCUAGAUAUAAACGGUGUUUCUCCAACGGAGGGGACUCGAUGGAUGAAAUUGAUGAUGAUGCUAGAUCUAAUGGAAUCGCGAUUGAUGAGUAUGAGAAAGAGAGAGAAGAGGGAAGAGAGAGAGAGCGCGAGAGAGACGGAGACAGAAAGAACGAGGAAACGCGAGACGCUGCUGAUGGCCUCAGGACUCUAUUACGCUCCCCUUACGCGGUAUCCUUGUGUAUUGGGGGGUCACGAUACGGUAUUACACGUGAUGUCGGCCUGACAUCGUCAUCAUCAAGUUUACCAGAGACGAACCAUGCGAUCUACAAUUGGGAUACAUCUUCUCGGCAUCUGCAGUAUAGUAAGUUUCAGAUUUGGCUAUCUCCGAGCUCAUCCGGCUCGGGCGCAAGCUUCCCCAUAAUCAAGGCCAUGGCCCCCGCGAGAUUGCUAAGUGGAACCUCUGCAGCCCAACGCUCAGAAGAUGGUGGGGAUAAGGACAAAGGCAUCCAUCCACCAAGAAGGAUCUUAGCCCAGGACUCAGGAGCCAUGACCUCCAAGUAUCACAUCACAAUCACUUAUCUACAUACACAACGGCCUGAGGCUAUCAUGAAGCAGCCAGUCAGAAUGGGCUACAGGCGUCCUUGUGCCUGGACAAUGUGA